CGGUGAAAUAACAUUUUCCGCCAGUCGAAUUUUAUUUAAAAUAUGCAUCGUAUUAACCUUCGUAUCCCCUUGGAAAAAUCGCGGCGCGACUAUCGCUAAUUACUAUGUAACAUUGUUAUCAAUAAAGAAUAAACUGCCGAUAUUUCGAUAAAAACAUCGAUAUGAAUCUGAACACUUUAUACACUAACGAAUUAUUACAAUUUAGGCAAAUAAGCUGUAACUGUAAUAGUCAAUUAAGUCGAACCGAUGGGAUCAAUUUAAUUCAUUUUUUUCUAUGACAGCCAACGGUUCGGAUGUGGGUAAUUCUAAUUCUACACCAUGAGUGACGCCAAAAAAUUUAAUAUCGACGAAAAGUUCACGUUGGAGAAAAAUGAACUGUAUUCCUUGCUCAGUAUUAACAACAAAGAUGAGAAACCUUCAACGUUCGAGGAGGCAGUCCGAAAAACUGGUUUCGGAAAAUUUAACAUUGCACUCAUGGUGUUCACUUUCUGUGGAAUAUUCUCACCGAUGUUCGAAACAACUACAAUGUCUUAUAUUUUUGCUUCUGCACAAUGUGAUUUAAAUUUAUCUUUACAAGACAAGGGGUACUUAAAUUCUGCUGUAUACGCUGGUAUGAUCUCAAGUUCGUUUAUAUGGGGGUUUCUUUUGGACACGUUUGGAAGAAGAAAACUGAUGGUUUGCGGCUAUUUCUUAGAUGCCACUUUCGUAUUUAUUAGCGCUUUUUCUCAAAGCUUUACAAUGUUAAUUCUCUGUAAAUUUUUGGGUGGCAUAAUAAUUAAUGGUCCAUUUUCGGCAAUGACGGCCUAUUUGAGUGAAUUCCAUUCCUCUUUAUACAGAUCGAGAAUACAACUGGUGAACGGGUCUUUAACCAGCAUGGCUCAGAUUGUUUUGCCACUUUUGGCAUGGGGAAUAUUGCCAUUACCAAUACAUUGGACUCCGUUUAGUGGAAGUAACGAGAUGCACUCUUGGAAUCUGUUUCUUUUGAUAACUGGUUUGUGCCCCUUCAUAAGCGGCAUUAUAUUUUUCUUUUUGCCCGAGAGUCCCAAAUAUUUAAUGACGUCAGGAGAAAAUGAUAAAGCCAUGAAAGUGCUGCAGAGAGUGUACAGUUGGAACACGGGAAAUCCACCUGAAUCCUAUCCAGUUAAAGAAUUAAUCCAAGAAAUUCAAGUUAUUGAUAAUGAUGAUGAGGAUGGUUCAGUUAUAGAUUACAGGUCAAAAUUGCAUGCAGUAAACGAAGGAUUACAAAAUUUGACGCCUUUGUUUAAAUCUCCUUAUAUAGGAAAGUUUCUUCUCAUUGCUAUCAUUGAAGUCAUGUUUUUGACGAGUUUAAACAUGUUAAGACUGUGGACUCCGCAAUUAUUUCAAGCUUUAGAAGACUAUAAAAUGGAGAAUAAUGGAUCAACUUCCGAUUUGUGUACCAUGUUAGAAGUACUAAAACCCAAAUCAGCGGCUGAUACUUGCAUUCCACAAAAUGUCGGUAAACCCAGUGUAUACAUAAAUUCAAUAUUGGUAGCAUCGCUAGCUAUUACAUGCUAUAUUGUAACAGGAUCAGUAAUUCAUGUUAUGGGAAAGAAGAAAAUGUUGCUUAUCCUAGCAGCUAUUGGAUCCGUUUCGUGUAUUUCGCUAUAUUAUGCGAAAGGUGUUAUAAUUACAACAAUGUUGACAGCACUAUUUAUAUCCUGCGGUAACGUAGGUGGCAACAUCGUUUUAGCUGUUGCCAUAGAUGUUUUUCCUACAAGUUUAAGGGCCUUUGCAGUAUCGUUGAUAAUGGCAAUCGCCAGGUGUGGAAUCAUGAGUGGGAAUGUAAUAUUUCCAAUGCUAUUGAAAGCAGGAUGUGCGCCGCCAUUUUUUGUAGUUGGAGGAGCCAUAGCAGUUGGAGGUUUGCUCACCUUGCUGCUUCCGAAUACAGAAAAUAAACCACUGCAAUAAACCAUUAGAUAAAUCAAUUCUUAUUUUUGAGAAUGUUGACUGUAAUUUGUGAUUAUCUAGAUUAAAUAUAUUGUAUUAUUUAUUUUUUUAUAACGAGUAAAGUUUUUACUUAAUUUUUUGUUUUCUUUGUAUGUAUUGUCCGAAAAUGCCUAAUCCGACCCUGUGUCUAAAGCAAGCGCGACCUUCAGCUGGUACACGACUCAUGCUCGAGGCGACGGAACAUUCAGGAAUGCCGCUGACGCACUAGAAAUUGCUAGAACGGGCGGAGAGUGCUGUUGAGUCAGAGAUGAAAUUUUUGGGAACGUCUAGAGUAUUCUGGUUACAGAGUUGGCUUGAUAUAAAUAUCGCGAGUUUGAAGACAGCAGUCAGUUGAUUAUAGUUAGUUUAGUAUAGAGUAUUGGAAUUAAAAGUUAAAUUGUAAUAAAUAAAUUAGAAUUGUUAGUUAAUGUCUAAGUAUUAUAUAAAUUAAUGUCUUAAAUAAAUUGUAAAUAGUGUGUUUUAAAUAAAUAAACUAUAAAUAAAUUAGACUAUCGUUAUAGUAUCAUCGAGAUACAAUGAAGUAGAGACCAUAAACACGAUUUUGCAAUAUGACAGAUGGGCGCUGGUAUCUGAUAUAUAUUUUUUAAAUUUUUAAAAAAUAUGAAAAUGAAAAAAAAAUUAUAAGUAGGCGAGUAAUUAUUUAUAAUAAAAGAAUUUUUUGUUUAUGGUUUUUCAUCUUAUUUUUUUAAAAAACAAUAAAUAAUGAAAAAUUAUUGUAUUCUAAUAUUUUUUUGUCUAUAAUGUCAUUUUAUUUUUAUCAUCCUAUUAAAUAGAUAAAUGG